CCUCUCUGCAGUAAUCCUUCUCCUUCGUACACAAGCGUCGCAUCGCAUUUUAAAAUCUGCAAUUCCCAAAAAAUCGCUGAAAAUGUGCCGAUAAAUCGGAAAAAUGUCUCGCCCAUGGAAAAACCUGUCUUCAGUGUAUUGAUUCGCGUCUGAUAAUUUGACAAAAACAGUGAAAAAACGUCUCGGCACAUCGACGGGAUCCUAACCCCGCACUGUUUAUUCCAGCGAAACGUUGAAAUGGCGGUGGGAACGACGAAAGUCGUCCAAGUGACGAACAUCGCCCCUCAGGCCACCAAGGACCAGAUGCAGACGCUCUUCGGAUAUCUGGGGAAGAUCGAGGAUAUUCGGCUGUACCCUACCAUCAGGGAUGUGGCAGUUCCAGUUCAAUCAAGAAUUUGCUACAUAAAAUUUCAUGACCAGGGCUCUGUCGCUGUUGCCCAACACAUGACCAACACUGUUUUUAUUGACAGGGCUCUCAUUGUUAUUCCCUAUCAGAAUGGAGAUAUUCCUGACGAGCAGAGGGCCCUGGAGCUCACUAAUAAUGGCACAGUCGUACCAGGUUUAUACCCCUCAGAGCCAAAGCUCCCCCCAAACGUGGUGAAUUCGAUCGAGGGUAUACCCCCGAACCACGUGAUAACAACCAUGGACCCAAAACUGGAAUCAAAUGGUCUGCCUCCGUACCCCAACCUGCCAGGUCACCUGGACAGUCGUAGAAUCGAGGAGAUUCGUCGUACCCUGGUAGUAGCCAAUCUGGACUCGUCAGUAUCAGUGGACCAACUCCUGGAAUUCUUCGUAUCUAAUGGCGUGGAGAUAAAAUACCUGCGACUGUGCACUCGUGAUUCAGACACUGAUCACUACGCCCUGAUGGAGCUCAAUGAGCAGUCGCAGGUGGUGAGUGCCCUCCUGCUGAAUGGCAAGAACCUGGCAGACAAGCCGAUAAAACUUUACCACUCGACCCAGGCGAUUGCCAAGCCAGAGGCGAAGAGCAAUGAGGCUGCCCAGAAAGAGAUCGAGGAGGCAAUGUCACGGGUCAAAGAAGCUCACAAUCUGAUAUCUGCAGCCAUUGACCCCAUGAUUGGAAUGUUGUCGAAGGACAAGAGGAGCAGGAGUGGCUCUCGCGGGAGAAAAUCGAGAUCAAGAUCCCACGGCCACAGUCGAAGAUCGAGAUCCAGGAAGAGAUCGAGAUCUCGACACCGUAGAUCUCGCUCUCGUCAUCGUCAUCGUUCCAGAUCGCGCUCCAAACGAUCUAGAUCGAAGGAACGUCGGAGGAAAUCACCAUCGAGACGCAGGAGCACCAGCAGGGGUAGGCACCGCUCGAGGUCGAGGUCCAGGAGCUCCCGAUCGCGCAGAACGAAAUCGAGAUCGAGGGAUCGCAAGAAGAGAUCACCCAGGAGGAAAUCCAGGUCGAGAUCCAGGAGCAAGAGGUCCAAGUCCAAGUCCAGGAAAAGGUCGAGGUCCAGAUCGAAGACAAGAUCAUCCAAGUCAAAGUACUCGGAGAAAUCCAGGGACAGGGAUAAGGAGAGGAGGAGUAAGGACAAAUCCGAGAGCAAUGGCAGAAAGAGCGAUGACAAGGACAGGGAUCGUGAUAGGGACAGGGAGCGAGAUCGAGACAGGGAAAAGAGCGAGAGAAAGAGGGAGAGGCGUGAAAAGGACAAGGACAGGAGGUCUGAGGAGAAUCCUGGCACGUCGAGGGCUGGCUCUGAUUACAGCGAUGGCAAGGAUAAGAACGAUGAUAAUUGAUAAAUUCCGUCACACCCCAACUC